AUGUGGAGCAUACACUUCUUGUCCUGUCUCUUUAUGACCUUCACGUUGGGGCCAGUACGACAGAUCGAUGGCCAGUUGACGCUCGAUCAGAUGCGCAUAGUUGCGACCCGGACGAACGAAUCGCACUUCGAUGCAGUUCUCAAGAGCAUUCUAAAGCCGCGGAUUGUGGGCACCGCGACGCACGUUGAAGUGAAGCGCAGCAUCAUCGGGGAAUUGAAGGCACUCGGGUUUAGCGUGGAGCUAGACGAGUUUAACCAGAAAACACCGCACUUCGGAAUGCUCAGAUUUACCAACAUCAUCGGCAAGCUGAACCCGGACGCCGACAAGUAUCUGACGUUGGGCUGCCACUACGAUAGCAAGUACUUCCGGGAGCACGCGUUCGUGGGAGCCGUCGAUUCGGCCGUACCGUGUGCGAUGAUGCUAAAUUUGGCCCAAACGACCGAAGCGGCCCUGAAGCUGCUACGCAACAACACCGACCUCAGUUUGAUGCUCCUGUUUUUCGACGGCGAAGAAGCGUUCCGGAAGUGGUCGGCCACAGACUCGCUGUACGGAUCUCGCCACCUGGCCACCAAGUGGACGACGACCCCGUACGCCUCUAAGACGCUCAGCAAGUCGAUGCGCGAAAUCGAUCGUGUCCAGCUGCUGGUGCUGCUGGAUCUGAUUGGAGCCCCGGAUCCCAAGUUCUACAACUUUUUCCCCAACACACGCAAUCACCACCGGAGGCUGAGUAAGAUUGAGCACAGUUUGCGGUCCAACAAGCUGCUGGUGAAGGAUGCGCAAAGCGGGCCCAUGUUUCUCGAUCAGACGCUCUACAAUCGCAUCGAGGAUGAUCACCUGCCGUUUUUGAAGCGAAAUAUUCAUAUACUGCACCUCAUACCGGUGCCGUUUCCGAAGCAUUGGCACAAACCGGAGGACAACGAAGCAAAUCUGAGCCGCACGACGAUCAAGAAUGUGAACGCAGUGCUGAGGGUAUUCGUGAUGGAGUACCUCACGUUCUGUAGCAGCAAAUACGGACGACCGCUGCAAAGUUGCCUGCAAUGAG